UCAGAUAUUAUCAGACCACCACAUUGUCAGCUGAAUACAACUAGGGUUCCUCAGAGGGCUUUUAAAAAUAUAUUCAACAUGAUUUUUCAGGCGCUUUUUGAUUCGAUGGAUAUUUCGGGUUGGCUUCUGUUUGGUUUUGCGUUGCUGCUUUUGAUUGAUGUGGUGAGAAACUGGAGACCUCACAACUUUCCUCCUGGACCCUGGGCUUUGCCUUUUGUAGGAAAUAUCUUCACUGGGCUUGACUUCAAAACAAUUGAGAAGCUGGCUCAGGAGUACGGCCCUGUGUUCAGCCUGAGGAAAGGCAGUGAGAGGUUGGUGUUUAUUUCAGGAUACAACAUGGUCAAAGAGGCUCUUGUCAACCAGCUGGACAGUUUUACUGAUCGACCAAUUGUCCCUCUCUUCCACGAGACCUUCAAAGGCAUCGGUAUAGCUAUGAGCAACGGUUACCUGUGGAAGAAGCAGAGGAAGUUUGCCAACACUCAUCUGCGUUACUUUGGAGAGGGCCUGAAGUCUCUGGAUAAAUAUAUUGAAGUGGAGAGCAACUUCCUCUGUGAGGCAUUCAAAGAUGAGCAAGGAAGACCAUUCAACCCCCACUACACCAUAACAAAUGCCGUGGGUAACAUCAUCUUCUCUGUGGUCUUUGGACAACGCUUUGAAUACAGCGACCCAACCUUUCGUAAUAUUCUAGAGUUGGACAAUGAUGCUGUUAUUCUCGCCGGUUCAGCUCAGACUCAGCUGUAUGAUGCGUUCCCAGCUCUGAUGAAACGCCUGCCGGGGCCUCACAACGGCAUCUUCAGCAGCUCCACGUCUCUGGAAGCUUCUAUCAGGAGAGAGGUUGAGAGUCACAAACUGGACCUGGACCCCAGCAACCCGCGAGAUUACAUCGACAACUUCCUCAUAGAGGAGAAACACAACAGAAACACUGAGGAGGGUUUUGAUGAAGGAAACUUGGCGCUGUGCUGUCUGGAUCUGUUCCUGGCCGGCAGUGAAACCACUUCAAAGACUCUGCAGUGGGGCCUCAUCUACCUCAUCCAGAACCCUCACAUCCAGGAGAGAGUCCAGGCAGAGAUAGACAGAGUGAUCGGACAGACCCGCCAGCCCUCCAUGGCUGACAGACCAAACCUGCCUUAUACUGACGCUGUCAUCCACGAGAUCCAGAGGAUGGGAAACAUCGUUCCACUCAACGGACUCAGGGUGGCCGCCAAGGACACAACGCUGGGCGGCUGCUUCAUACCAAAGGGCACCUCUGUGAUGCCGAACCUGACCUCUGUGCUGUUUGACAAGAACGAAUGGGAGACUCCAAACACCUUCAACCCUGAACACUUCCUAGACGCCGAGGGGAGGUUUGUGAGGAGGGAGGCAUUCUUACCUUUCUCUGCAGGAAGGCGAGCGUGUCUCGGCGAAGGCCUGGCGAGGAUGGAGCUGUUCUUGUUUUUCGUCAGUUUGUUGCAGAGGUUUCAUUUUUCCACUCUGGAUGGAGCUGAGCUGAGCACAGAAGGAAUCACCGGAGCCACACGAACACCGUACCCCUUUAAGAUCUACGCAAAGUCCCGCUAAACCCUGUAAAACGACCCCCUAGGGACUGUGUGAGGAACAUUUUCAUACAUAUUUAUUAUAUAUUGCAUCUGUUGUAAUUACAACUAGUUUCCCUGUCAAUACUUAAAAGUUAGCAUCAUUUAUAUUCUUAGCAAGAUGAUGAUGGCACAAGGAAAUGUUUUCCACAACUGGCAACACAGAGGAACUACAGUGUGCCAUUUGUUCAGCUACAACCUGUAAAGGAAGACGUAUGUUGACAUUGCUACAAAUACAGCAAUGUGAAAAAUAUCUGAUAUCAGGUGAUCGUCCAGCAUAAAAAAAACCCAAGUACCAAGUAUAUAGUGUAUAAAAGCACCUAAUAACAGCAGCAAAAAGUAGCUAAACUAUGAAAGCAUAACUAUUAGUUUGGUUGCUCUGACUGCUAUAUUGUCAAAUACAACAUUGUGAGAUUAUUAGUCCACAUGCAUCAGUGUGUCAGCAGCAUGUUACUGUUGUAGCUGCUGCAGUUGGAGCCAGUUUGAACAACUUUAUAUACAGUUUUACAAACAGGUACUGCAGAUAAAUCUGAAGGCUCAUUAAUGGAGCAAGUUUUCAGUUAUUGGAUUUUUUUUUCUCCAAUAUUUGAUUUUUCAUGCAAUAUUGGAUUAUUUGAACAUUUACUGAAAUAAAACUUUGUCAGAAGUUUAGUGAUCAUCUGAAAUAUGAUCUACAUACAGUUUUUUUUUCUCAGAGGUCAAAAGGUUGCAAACCACUGGUGUAAUCUUUUACAAUGUGUUGUAGUUUAAAAGCUUCUUAUAUCAUCUAUUAUGUAAAAUGUUCAUCUAAAAAAGGAUUAAAGUGGUCAGAUAAAUGUAAGGACCAAGUACCUCAAAACUGUACUGAAGUACAUCACUUGAGUCCUUAAUUGCUUUCCUACACUGGUUUAUACCAGGUCUAACAAUUAUCUUCAAAAUAAUAAUACAUUUGUCAAUUGUUUUCUCGAUUAAUCGGUCUAAGAAAUGUCAAAAGAUGAUGAAAGAUGUUGAUCAGUGUUUCCCACAGCCUAAGAUAACACCUUUAGAUGUCUGGUUUUGUCCACAACACAGAUAGAUUUAGUUUAAGGGCACUGAGAGGGACAGAAACCAGAGAAUAUUAGGAAGCUGGAAGAAUAAAAUCUAAAAAAUUCUUUACCAGUGGCCACAAGCAGCAGCAAAACUCAAGCUCAACAACUCUCACAGUGAAGUCUAUUGUUUUGUAUUUGUCAUAUUAGGAGUUAUUCUGUUGGUCUACUGCACACUAUAAAAAUAAAAGUCAUAAUAAAAACA